AUGCCGACGACCUGUUCUUCCGCUAUCCUACGAAAUUUUGUCUCGCCAUUUGAUGCGACUGUAGUGCAACUAUUGCAGGCUGCUGGCGCACAAGUCGUGGGCAAAUCUAACUGUGAUGAGUUUGGCAUGGGCUCUCUAAACACCUAUUCCAUAUACGGACCUGUGGUGAAUCCAUACCAAGCACCAACCAGUCCUGAAUCUUGGGCAGUUCGCGAACGGCGCUCUGCCGGUGGGAGCUCCGGUGGAAGCGCGGCGGCUGUAGCGGCGGGGAUGUGCGAUAUUGCUCUAGCCACUGAUACUGGCGGCUCAAUACGACUACCUGCAUCAUAUUGUGGUGUCGUUGGACUGAAACCGUCGUACGGAAUCGUGAGCAGAUGGGGGGUCGUAUCGUAUGCCGACAGCUUGGACUGUGUUGGUGUCCUGGCGCGGACAGCACAGGACGUGAAGAAAGCAUUUGACGUGCUCAACGUGUAUGAUGAUAAAGACCCUACGGCCUCUCGGCCCGACGUGCGGCGCAGGGCUUCUGAAGCCGUCCAGAAGUCCCAUUGGAAUGCGGAGGAUGGUCUUACCGGGCUACGAAUAGGCGUGCCUCAGGAAUACUUCCCCGCUGAAUUGUUGCAAAGCACGCUAACACCGGUCCGCAGGAUGCUCGAAAACCUAGCAUCGCGCGGGGCAGCCAUUAUUCCUGUGUCCCUUCCAUCCACUAGAUUCGCAUUGAGUGCCUAUUAUGUGAUCUCGAGUGCGGAGGCGAGUAGCAACAUGGCCAGAUAUGACGGAAUACAAUUUGGAAGUUACGUCGAGCCUCCUGCCGGAACUAACAAAGCCAAGACCAGCAACGUGUACGCGUACACUCGAGCCGCUGGCUUUGGCCCAGAAGUUCAGAGGCGGAUUUUGCUCGGGACGUACGCGCUGACUGCAGACGCAUUUGACAAUUAUUUUCUUCAAGCCCAGCGGGUGAGAAAGCUCGUGCGAGCCGACUUCAACCGGGUCUUUUCCGUACCGAAUGUGCUAUUCUCUACUCCCAGCCUGCCAUCAGACGCGGGUGUGCAUGUCCUCCUUCAUCCAUCAACAAUACGGACGGCGCCCCGUCUUCCGUUGACGGCGAACCAAACACGGUGUAACAAUGAAGACACACUGGACGCGUAUGUUCAGGACGUUUUGACGGUCCCUGCGUCUUUAGCGGGCUUGCCCGCGAUGAGCAUUCCAGCUGGUUUGGGAGAAGAUGGUUGGCCAGUAGGAGUCAGCAUAGUAGGCCAGUGGGGGUGCGAUGAUAUGGUGCUGGAGGUCGGUAGCCUAUGUGCACAACUUCCAGGGUGCUAG